UACCUUUGUUGACCUCUGUACCUUCUGGCUUACUCCUCUCCUGGGUAUGAGACAUGGCCAUUCCUAGGACACAGCUGUGUGAAAGAAGGUCGUCAGACACCCAGGGGAGAUCCCUGGGCUCCUCGAGGUCAAGGUGAAGAGCAUUUGCCGAGUGAACGCCCGUGGCCUCCUUGCAGCCUCCUAGAACUGGCAGGAGGGGAAAAUGGAAGAGACGAGCCUGAGAAAAAGGAAGGAGGAUGAGAAGUCGAUCCAGAGCAGCGAACCCAAGACCAUGAGUCUCCAAAAGGAGCUGGGCCUGUUCAGCGGCACCUGCUUCAUCGUGGGCACCAUCAUCGGCUCUGGGAUCUUCAUCUCCCCCAAGUCUGUGCUCAGCAACAUGGAAGCUGUGGGACCCUGUCUCAUCAUAUGGACCAUGUGUGGGGUUCUUGCGACACUGGGCGCCCUGUGCUUCGCAGAGCUUGGCACGAUGAUCACCAAGUCGGGGGGCGAGUAUCCCUACCUGAUGGAGGCCUUUGGCCCCAUUCCGGCCUACCUCUUUUCCUGGAGCAGCCUGUUCGUCAUAAAGCCCUCAUCCUUUGCCAUCAUCUGUCUCAGCUUCUCCGAGUACGUUUGUGCGCCCUUCUACCCGGGCUGCAACCCUCCCCAAGCUGUCAUUAAAUUCCUGGCUGCCGCUGUUAUCUUGCUCAUCUCCACGGUGAACGCGCUGAGUGUGCGGCUGGGGAGCUAUGUCCAGAACGUGUUCACGGCGACCAAGAUGGUGAUCGUGGUCAUUAUCAUCAUCAGUGGACUUGUCCUCCUGGCCCAAGGAAAUACGAAGAAUUUUGAAAACUCUUUUGAAGGCGCAUCAUCGUCUGUGGGCUCCAUCAGUCUGGCAUUAUAUAAUGGACUCUGGGCGUAUGAUGGAUGGAAUCAGCUCAACUACAUCACAGAAGAACUUAGAAACCCUUCCAGAAACCUGCCCCUGGCCAUCAUCAUCGGGAUCUCACUGGUGACAGGCUGCUACAUCCUCAUGAACGUGUCCUACUUCACUGUGAUGACCGCCACGGAGCUCCUGCACUCCCAGGCUGUGGCCGUGACGUUUGGUGACCGUGUCCUCUACCCCGCCUCGUGGAUCGUUCCGCUCUUCGUGGCGUUUUCAACCAUCGGCGCUGCUAACGGGUCGUGCUUUACUGCUGGCAGACUUGUUUUCGUUGCAGGCCGGGAAGGCCACAUGCUAAAAGUGCUGUCUUACAUUAGUGUCAAGCGCCUCACUCCAGCUCCUGCCAUCAUCUUUCAUAGCAUGAUAGCGAUCAUUUACAUCAUCCCUGGUGACAUAAACUCAUUAGUCAAUUACUUCAGUUUUGCUGCAUGGCUGUUUUAUGGUUUGACGAUCACUGGACUAAUUGUGAUGAGGUUUACAAGGAAAGAACUGAAAAGACCUAUCAAGGUGCCCAUUUUCAUCCCCAUCUUGGUGACUCUCUUAUCCGUGUUUUUGGUUCUGGCUCCAAUCAUCAGCAAACCUGCGUGGGAGUAUCUCUACUGUGUGUUGUUUAUGCUGAGCGGCCUUGUAUUUUAUUUCCUUUUUGUCCACUACAAGUUUGGAUGGGCUCAGAAAAUCUCAAAGCCUCUCACCAUGCACCUUCAGAUGCUGAUGGAAGUCGUGCCCCCAGAGGAAGCUCCAGAGUAACAAGCUCUGCCUCUUGUGCCAAAUCCAAGCUGUGAUGACCUUAUUUUUGUAAACAAUAUUUGUGGUUAUUUCUUCCUGAUGUUUUUCUUAAGAAAAAAACAAACAAACAUAUUCACACGUGUAUGAUACUAUUAUUUUUAGCUAUCCUUAAUUCUCUGGGUGGGUGCUGGCUGAAAUCAGCAGGCGAGGACAUAACCCAGAAGAACGGUGGUGUUGGGAAGGACUAAAUCAGGGCCAGUGCCAACACACAAUGACUAGCAAGAGGCACAUCACACCUACUUCAAUAAAGGGUGUUCUUUCAGCUCCAUCAUCAGAAAGAUGCAUAUAUAUAUAUAUAUAUAUAUAUACACACACACACACAAACACACACACACAUGCAUAUAUAUAUUUAAACAUAAAAUUGAUGAAACUUUGCUUUGACUGAAACAGAUUUUUAAAAUACUCAAGUAUAAAUGCUUUACUACCUACCCCCACCCCUUCCUAUAUUUCACCUGGGACACAUGUGGCAGGUCAGUCCCAGGCUGGAUGUCAAGGCCUGCAGGGCAAAGCUGACUGCCCAGAACCACCUGCAGCCUGUGUCCACAAGAAGCUCAGUGUCACAGGUCCCCUGACAACCUUCACUGGUAUUUUAGUCAAACCAAGAAGUAUGGUGUAUAAAAUUCUAUUGCAUUUGGCACUCAGGAAUAUUCCUGACAAAAUAUGGUCUAAAAGAAUGGAAAAAGCAACAUUUCCAUGAAAACACUGAAAUUUUAUUGAUAUAUUGCAAAAGACUUUCACACCAAAACUAAGAACAUGAGCAAUUUUUGAAGCAUACAAAGGUACUUUUACCACGCAUUUCAGAAACU